ACCCCCUCAAACAUGUUCGAGCUUUAACCGUCCGCCAAAAACCAUAGCUAGCUUCCCUAUAAUACCAGCUCAACCAACGAACCACUCUCACAUCGAUCAAUUAAUUUUUCAACAUUUCAUUUCACCGCCAAAUCAAAAACGAGAAAUGGUGUUCUUCUGCUUCCUGGUGGACCAGCGGCGGGAGGUGCAGCGGAGCAAGCCUGCGGCGGGGAUCUGCUCCCGCUGCGGCGGCGGAGCCAGCGUGGCCGACAUCAAGACCGCCACCAGGUUCUGCUAUGUCCCCUUCUACUGGAAGUCAUGGAGAGCCAUCGUUUGCACUUUCUGCGGAGCCGUUCUUCGCUCUUACCAACACUAGAUCCAUUCAUAUGUACUAAUAAUAGGUUACUACGAGUAUUAUGUAGUUAUAACUAGCCACUUCUUAAUUGUGCUUCCCGAUUCCUAUUAUUAUUUGCUAACACAUGAGGAGCCAUCGUCAUAUCAUGUAUUCAUUCUAACUUCCAACUCUUUCUAAUCAUCAUCAUUGUUAAUUUCUAUGUAUUAAUUCUUUCUUUCUUGUUCUAUCUAAGUUAGUUUUAGUUUCUCUUAAAUUGUUUUCCUGGUCAGAACUCUCCCUUUAUGUAUGUGCUUCAAUUAGUACAAUUCAAAUAACUUAUUUAGUGA